GCCACGGUCUCGCCUGGUCCGCUUGCAGGAUUCGCCUCUCCGAGCCUUCCGGAUAUUUCACUACAGAGAUGGCUGCGAAUGUGUGUAGAUCAGUCCUUCUCUUGUCCCGUAGCAGCGGACAUGUGGCCAGCGGGCUCCCCGCACUUGUUAUCUCGUCACAGCGGCACCAGCAGCACAUGAGACCGGACCAGCCUGUCAGGAGAACACAUGUCCUGCGAUCAUCCUCCCGCUCUGCACUGUUCACCCAGCCUCCCACCAGCCUCUCAAUCACCCUCUCAACCCAGGGUUGGAGUGGCGACCCCUCGUGGCAUGGCCAGAGGUUGCUGUGUACCUCAGCCACUCCAGAGGAGGUGACGGUGGUGUACCAGAAUGGACUGCCGGUGAUCUCAGUCAGUUUGCCGUCCCGGCGAGAGCGAUGCCAGUUCACUCUGAAGCCACUCAGUGACUGUGUUGGGGUGUUUCUCACACAGCUGCAGACAGAGGACAGGGGCAUCGACCGAGUAGCCAUCUACUCUACAGAUGGGGCGAGGGUAGCCUCUUCUACAGGGAUAGACAUCCUGCUGUUGGAUGACUUCAACCUGGUCAUCAACAACGUCAGGCACCUGGUUCGGCCGCCACGGAGAGAUCUGCUGGCCCAGGAGGAGGCAGAGCGUCUGAACGACGUUAAGUUCCUGGUUCAGCAGCUCUACACCACCCUGCGUAUAGAAGAACAUCAGCUUAAUAAAGAGAAGGAACUGGUGGUGAGACUGGAGGACCUCAACUCACAGCUACGUCCUCUAGAGAAGGUAAGGGAGGAGCUGAGUCGUAAGGCGGAGCGUCGUACCACCUGGGUGCUGUGGGGGGGCGUGGCCUACAUGGCAACACAGUUUGGGAUCCUGGCGCGUCUCACCUGGUGGGAGUACUCCUGGGACAUCAUGGAGCCUGUCACCUACUUCAUUACCUACGCUACCGCCAUGGCUAUGUACUCCUACUACGUACUCACACGCCAGGAGUACAUCUACCCAGACGCCAGGGACAGACAGUACCUGCUGUUCUUCCACAAGGGGGUGAAGAGACAACGCUUUGACCUCCACAAGUACAACCUGCUGAAGGACUCUAUCUCUGAGGUGGAGUUAGAUCUGAAACGUCUGAGGGAUCCCCUCCAGCUCCAACUUCCUGUCCAGCAACUCACCGCCGCCAGCAAAGAUUGAUAUCCUCCCUUCCCUUAGUCCCUCCAUCCCUCCUUUCCUCACCUUCCCCUCUCUCUCGCCGUCCAUCCACCCUCCACCUUUACUUUCUCUCUCUCUCUCCUUUAGUGAACCUCCGUGGGACUUUCUCCUCUGUUUGUUCUCUUGGAUGAUAAUUGCAAGUAAAACCAUAUUAAGAGGAGUUUUGGCAACAAGAAAGAACAGACACUGAAUCCUUCUAGAGAGGUAGAUGAUGAAACUGGAAAUGCAACUCUAGGGGGACGUACAGGAAGUGAGACGCUACAGUGGGAGGAGCUACAGCUGAGGCGAGGCAUAGGGGGGCAGACAGAUGGACACAUCUAUGAGCGUGUGUGACCUACUAUAUCUAUGGACUAGUUUGGCCCACUGUAAACUGACGCACACCACUCCUGUGGGGCCUUGGGACGUCUAUGGAGGGACUGAAUCUACUUUUACAAAGAUGGAUCUCCUCUAGCUCCUCCCCCUGACCUCUAACCUCUGCCUUCUGACACUCUGCAUGCACAGAGGACACGGCUAUGAUUGGACAGCGGUUCCUGUGUGAGCUCCAUGUGACCUUGAACUUUGACCUUGGCUGACCCCUCUUGUCUUGUCAGAUGUGUCCAACCCUGCCCCAUUUUGCCUCCAGGUCCCUCCUCCUCUGCCUGACGGACAGCUACCCACCGAUCCCAUUGCUAUGACGACACUGAGCUUUAUCAAGAGCCCGUCAGCCUAUCACAGCCUUUACAGGAAGUGGACAGAUGAGAGUUGAGGUCAGGUGACCAUGCCUCAUUUCCUCUUCCUGUUGUUGACUUCCUGUUGGGAUUGGAAGAGAAAAAGGAAAGGACUGCGGACACAAACAUCACUGUGUGUUUUAUCUAAUAGUCCCAACAAUAUUCUGACACUUUUUAUUUUGAAAGCCAUACUAUGUCUGUUAUGAAAAUAAUAUACAAUCAAACAAAAUGGAAGAAGAGUGUGGGGAGCUCUCUCUCUUUUUAACAUCCAGGAAUUAAGUUGAUAUACCAUAUCGGCAUCUCUUUAUUAAAUAUCUCCGACAUACAGGACCCCCAUAUCAAUAGAACUGUCUCUCUCCAUCCCUCUCUGUCUCUCUGUCUCUCUCUCUCUUUCUCUCUCUCUCUUUCUCUCUCUCUCUCU